ACACCUUCCCCCCCCCCCCGCCUCUCUCUGGAGUAAGCUUGGAUUUCUGAUAGUGCAAGCAAAGCAAGCACAGAAACUAGUAUUUUCUUUUCUUGCCCCCUUCAUCUCCCACCUCACCUUCAUCUCCCUUUGUUAUGACAACAGGAGCCCCUCUUCCCUUCUCCCAAACCUCAUAAGCCAACCCUCUCCCCACUCCCAUCCCUAACAGCCUGAACCCCUCCCUCCCAAUCUUCUGUUUCCUUGUAAAUUUCCACCACUUUGGAGCUAGCUGCCUAGUGUUGUGCCUUGUUAUUUGCAAUGGUGGAAGCAGCAAGGAUUUGAGAAGACAAGACAUGAGAGCCUCUCCCUCCCCCACGCCCUUGCUUGCUCUCCCUCACUACAUGCCCCUCCGGGUUUGAUUAGCCCUUGACACACUGCAAGUGCAAGUAGCUCAGGAGCAGCUGGAAGCAUCUUCUUCUUGCGGGGGAGUGAAGCUCAAGCAAGAAAUUCAUGGAUCUUUCCGGCGCGCAGGGCGAGCUAUCGAUGCCGAUGCCGAUAGCAAUGCACGCCGCCGCCGCCGCGUCGCCGUACAACCUCGGUCUGCACCCCCACCACCACCAGCUCCACCAGCUCGCCGGCGCCAAUGGCCGCCACCUCUCGCCGCCGCCGCCGAUGACGACGUCGUCUCCGGCAGCGGCCAUGGCCGGAGCUGAGGACGACGAGGACGAGUACUCCAAGAGCCGGCAGCUGCAGGUCGUCUCCUCCGGCUCCGGCGUCGGCGGCGGAGGGGCCCGGUACCGCGAGUGCCUGAAGAACCACGCGGCGAGCAUCGGCGGCAGCGCGACGGACGGCUGCGGCGAGUUCAUGCCGGCGGGGGACGAGGGCUCCAUGGACGCCCUCCUCUGCUCCGCCUGCGGCUGCCACCGCAACUUCCACCGCAAGGACAACACCGGCCUCCUGGGCCUGACGAUGGGGGCCCAUCAGUACCAGCAGUAUCCGACGGGGGCCCACCAGCACCACCGGGGCCUGCUCGUGGGCCAACCUGGGCCGGCGGCGCCGACCCGGAUGGUGAUGCCCCUGAGCGCCGCCAUGGCACAUCAUCAUCCUCAUCACGCGAACGCGAACGCGGCGGGGGAGACGACGUCUGACGAGGGGGGCCCUCGGAGGAAGAGGUUCCGGACAAAGUUCACGGCGGAGCAGAAGGCGCGGAUGCUGGGGUUCGCGGAGGAGGCCGGGUGGCGGCUGCAGAAGCUCGACGACGCCGCCGUGCACCGCUUCUGCGCCGAGGUCGGCGUCAAGCGCCGCGUCCUCAAGGUCUGGAUGCACAACAACAAGCACACCCUAGCAUCGCGCCGCCACCAACAGCCGCCCCCGCCGCCGGAGCCGGACCACCGCUAUCCCGGCCUCGCCGGCGCCGGAGAAGACGACGACCGCCCCGCCAACGCCGCCGCAGGCCGGAGCUGCACCAGUAGCCCCAGCGCGACGCGGCUCCGGCUCGACUAAUCAACCGUCAAGAACUAAAGACGAUCGGUUACCAGUUUACCAUGCAUCCUGUUUCUCUCUGAUCAUUCUAGCUUAGUCUGCAUUGCAUUUGCAUCAUCACACUGUGAAAUGAUGCUUAAUUAAUUCUUCCCUGGGAUUAAUUCUUCAUUUUUCUCUCGUCUUCUCGUUUUUCUUCUUCUUCUUUUCCUUCCAUUGCUGUUGUUUCUGACCCGGGUGUCUUCUACUAGCAGUAGCUUAAUUAAUUAAUGGAAGGCUUUGAAGUGAGUUGCUGAUUGGUCAGUAGCUCUCCAGUGAAGAAAGUGUGUGAGUGACCACUGAUCAGUGUGACCUCAAUGCUGUAGUACUUUUCAUCAUGCCUACUGUUCAUGAUAUGAUAUUCUGUCGUUUUCCACAA